UAUUUUGAGUUAAUAUAUUUUUAUUUUUCUUAUUCUAUUAGGGUAUACUAUUUAGUUUAGAUGAAAAAGUAAUGGCUUUAUCAUUGUAUAAAGAAUCUCAUACAGGAUAUAAACUUCUACAACAAAUGUUUACUUUACCUAGUAGUAGAACUUUGAGACGGUUAUUGCAAAAGGUUCCUAUACACGCAGGUAAAAAUAAAUUAAUAUUUUCACAUCUUUCUGAACAACAACCAUUAAUGAAAGACGUUGAUAAAUUGUGUAUCCUCAUGUGGGAUGAAAUGUCGUUGCAACCCCACUUACAAUAUGAUCAAAUAAAUGAUAAGAUAAUUGGAUUUGAGGAUUGGGGGAAUAAAAGAACACAAGGAAUAGCAAAUCAUGCUCUUGUCUUUAUGUUAAGAGUUAGGAAAGCAGGAUUUACUAUUAUUGCCACAAUAUGCGACCAAGGGGCAUCAAAUGUAUCUGCACUAAAACAAUUAUUAAAUGAUACGAGAAGCAAUUGUUUAAGAACUGGAAAACAAUAUGAUGACACAAUUACUUUGGAUGGUCAAAAGAUUAUUAUUUUAUAUGAUCCUCCACAUUUGUUAAAAGGAAUACGGAAUAAUUUUCUACAGAGAGAUAUCGAGGUCAACGAUAAUAAGUCUAAUAUGAAAGAAAUUGCUACUUGGAAUGUAAUAGAAACUGCUUAUGAACUAGAUAUGACAACUAAUACACUCAAUCGCCAAUUAAGGAAAUUAACAGAUCUACAUAUUAAACAGAAUAGGAUAAAAAAAAUGAAGGUGAAACUGGCAGCCCAAGUUUUUAGUGCAACUCUAUCUGCAUUUAUUGCAUAUAAUAGCCGAAUAGAUGGUUAUAUUAAUACAAGCAUUGGGCAGUCUUUGAAAAUUCCACGGGAAGAAGGAUUUGCAACAGCGAAGAUUUUAGAUUUUUUCAACAAAUUAUUCGAUUCUGUCAAUGCACACGAGAUUAAAUCAAAUACACCACUGCGAAUUGCUGUUACAAAGAAUAGUGCACAUCAUUCUGUAUGUUGCUAUUAAACAGUUAAAAAAUAUUAAAUUUAUUGAUAAAAAAACUAGAAAACCAGUAUCUACUCCAUCUCUAAAUAAUUGGAUAACAACAAUUAAAAGCUUUCAAAAAUUAUGGGCCAUGCUAAACAAAGCCGGAAUAAAAAGUUUGAAAACACGUCAUUUUAAUCAAGAUCCAUUAGAAAAUUUUUUUAGAAUGAUUAGAAGUCAUAAUCAUCGAAAUGUUAAUCCUACGUGUUUCAAUUUUGAGUCUUCUUUUAAAACGUUAUUAAUAAAUAAUUUAAUAGGCAAGCAUAGUAUAGGCAAUAAUUGUGAAAAAGACACUAAUGGAGAAGUUUUAUUUUCCUUACAAAAUUUUGUAGAAAAUAGUAUUGAAACAUUAAACACCUCAGAU